UUCUCAUUAGAUAUUAUCUGCAUGUAAAUGUUUUAAAGUAAAAACAAACAAAUAACAUCCGCAAAGUAAUCAAUCGAAAACGUUAUAGGAAAAAUUACGAGGGGUGUCGUUUUAACAGUCGGCAGUACGCUGUGCAAGGUGUUUCCAAGUCCGGGCAUAGCCCGUAGUGUAUGGGCUCUCCCGCAGACGGCCUCCUGCAAUAUGGUGGCCGAUACAGAUCACCCAACUACUGUUACAGCAAAUCACGAAAAAGAUGGGUCCGAAGCGGAUAUCAAUGAGUACUCCUUGAGGAGUAUAUUUGAUCUAGUCAAAUCAGGUGAGCUGUCAGAGAUAGUGGAGUAUGUCGAAAAAUCAGGUUGCGAAGUUCUGCGAGCAAGAGACGAAUGGGGGUAUACGCCUGCCCAUUGGGCAGCUCUUGAUGGUAACGUUGAAAUUAUGCGUUAUAUUGUCGAUAAAGGUGCCCCAAUAGAUCUUCCUUGUCUCGGCACCCAAGGACCCCGACCGAUUCACUGGGCCUGUCGAAAAGGUCAUACAGCAGCAGUACAAGUUUUAUUACAGGCAGGUGUAGCUGUAAAUGCCGCAGAUUUUAAAGGACUAACGCCAUUAAUGACAGCUUGCAUGUUUGGAAGAACGGCAACGGCUGCCUUUUUGUUAGGUAUGGGAGCUUCAAACGAUUUAAUGGAUAUUAAUGGUGACACUGCUCUCCACUGGGCAGCUUAUAAAGGACAUGCCGACUUAAUAAGAUUAUUAAUGUAUUCUGGUAGUAAUCUUCAAAAGCCAGAUCACUUUGGAUCAACACCUUUACAUUUAGCAUGUUUAUCAGGAAAUUUAACAUGCGUAAAAUUACUUUGCGAAAAAAGUAACAUCAACUUAGAACCGUUAGAUAAAAAUGAUAAGACACCCCUAAUGCUUGCUCAAAGUCAUAGACACAAUGAUAUAGUAGAACUUUUACACACCGAAAAGAAACGCCGUUCCAGUUGGUUCCCUCCAUUAAAUGAAGUAUGGGGUUUACUUUUUGGCAAAGCUGGCAAUUCGAAAGCACCUUUAAUAUUUUUUAUGAGCUCAGUUUUGCUAUGGGGAUAUCCAAUGUAUAUAAUUAGGUGCAUUCCAAUUACAUGGAAUAUUUUAAGAGGUUCCCACUAUUGCUUUAUUUACUGGAAUGUAGUUAUGUGGAUUUGUUGGAUAGUGGCGAAUCGAAAAAAUCCGGGUUACAUUCCGAUGAACUCCGAAUCAUACCAUAGAUCUAUAAAACAAAUACCAAUGUUUGAUAAAUGGAAAAAACGGAACUCUAUUUUGAAUAGGCUUUGUCAUACUUGUAGGUGUCUCAGACCUUUAAGGGCUAAACAUUGUAGAAUAUGUAAUCGAUGCGUCUCAUAUUUUGAUCAUCAUUGUCCAUUUAUUUACAACUGCGUAGGAUUGAGAAAUAGAACCUGGUUCUUUCUAUUUGUAAUGAGUAUAGCAGUUAAUUGUUCCUUUACGAUUUACUUUGCAAUGUACUGUAUAGCGCUAGAAGGUUUCGGAAUAUUGUAUAUUCUUGGAUUGCUAGAAGCGUUUAUUUUUUCGGGAUUAGGAUGGAUUCUUACAUGUACCUCGAUUCUCCAUGCUUGCAUGAACCUUACAACCAAUGAAAUGUUUAAUUACAAGCGAUAUCCGUAUCUCAGAGACAAGAGAGGAAGAUACUUAAAUCCGUUUUCCAGAGGACCAAUUUUAAAUCUCAUUGAGUUUUUCUUUUGCACACCUGAAGAUUACGACGAUGAUUAUGGAUACGAUUAUAUAUGAUACAGAAAAAAUAGUUCGAAUGCCGACAAAAACUCACGAAGAUAGCUUUGCGCUUGUAAAAUGUUAUUGGGAAAUUUAUUACUAAGUAUAUGUUUCAGUAUCAAAAUAAUAAUGUUAUAGAAUGACAAUAUAAUUUUAGUUUAAUUUUACCUCCUUAA